ACAAAUUCCCAUUUCUGCGCUCUUAUUACACACUCGUUAAUGCUUCUAUAUGACUGACUAUCACCCAGAACUCGACACUAUCUGCAUAAAUCUCUGUACACCACGGAUUCCAUCUCAAGCUCGAAUUUGGAUGCUAUAUAAGAGUGUCUCUGGGGUACACCCCAAUUCCAUCCAUGAAGCUGAGUAUUUCCCUCUCUUUUCACAGUUACAGCUCGACAUAUACACUGCUCGUCGACUCGAUCCUGGCAUUAGAACGACCCCAUCUACAUCCCCCAGCCUUCAAAACGCUCCCCUUGCUGCCCAUUUCGAGCUGCCGACCCCCCCUGAUCUUCCAGACAGUAAUCCCAGUCCAUUCCUUCGAAUUCUGGCCGCCCAUUCGCUCCAAAAUCCCCUGCCCCAUACCCUGCAUGCUGCGAAUGCCUCUUCGCUUCAGAUGCACGCUUAUUCGGGUUUCCCUCCCUCUCUCAUUGGGCGCUCAAAUCCUGCGAUUUAAUCGCACCCAGAGCGAUAUUAUCGCAUAUUUUCGAUCUUUGGGGCUCCUUCACUUGUCUGACUACGCUGCAGGG